AUGUUUUCGCGCAGCGUCGCCUUAUUGGGGUUAAGCCUCGUCGCAGGCGGUGCGGCGCUGCCUUACUGUCUACCCAUAGCAUUUACACACUUCUAUGAGAGCCGGCAUGAGGAUGGCAGCUUCAGUCUGCGUAACUACAGCAACUCCUUUCCAUUGACGCCGAUCAAUGAGUUUGCUUUGACCAAGGAGCUGUGCGUGCAGAGCAGCGGGUUGCCAGUGGUGCGCAGUUGCCUAGCGAAUCGGCAGUGGGCGGAGCUGGGCCGGAACAUCACCUGUCGGUCCACUCAAACAAUUAGCAUGGAGAGCCAAAUUCUCAACGAGUGGCAGUACGAGCUCAACAUGGGAAUAUCCAAUCGAGCCAGCUUCAAUUAUCCGUUGAUUGUGAUGAGAAACGUCAGCAAUUUGAUCAAUCAGAAGAGCCACAAAAUUGGGGCCGUCGACGUCUUGAAUGUCAACAAAAUAAUCGGCCAAGUGGCCAAGGAGCCAAAGGACGUGGCUGUGUGCAUGCAACUGAUCGGCGUCUAUAACGGUCUCAUGGCCACGAAUAGCGCCGAGCUGGAGCUCUCCGCUCAGCUGAAUGCCACCAACGAUCUACUCUACACGUUUGAAGACUAUACGAAUGGUCUGGCGCCGCAGUUGAAGAGCUGCAACGAGUCCAUUCCAGUUGACCCGACCCAACAGCUGAUCGAUGUCAAGAUGCACAACGGUGUCCAGGCGCUGAUUGGCAGAGUUCUGAGUGUCUUCUAUCUGUUUCCCGAGUGCAAUGCAUACACAGGCAUUGCUAUUUACACGGAGGCAGGUCCAGGGCGUCAGGGCUGCCGACAUCAUGGCUUCUGGUAUCGUUUUCUCUAUGCCAAUCAGAGUCUGGACGUGCUCAAAGAGGAAUCCGCUCUCCUUACGGCCAGCUACUUAACAAGGGACCUUUGGGAGGCUCUCAAAGAUGCCGGAACUAGCUAUCUGGUGUUUAAGAUCUAUGCGAACAGUGCCCUCUUUGUUGACUUGUCCACGGACAAGGGAAGCGCAAAGCCUGCCAGUCAUAUACUCUCCAUUAGUAUACCUCAAGUAUCCACACACUUGCCCUAUCCCUUGGUUUUUCUGUUACGCAACGAGGAUUACGAUGAGGCAUAUAGGAAGAGGAAGCAAUUCAAUAGCUACUGCGCGUACUGGAGCUAUGGCAGCUGGAUGAAGAAGGGCAUAACUACGGAAACAAGGAGUUUGUCCUACGAUCCGGUCGUAGUUUGCUUUACGAAUCACUUGACGCAGUUUGCCUUCCUGGUGGGCGCCAGCUACAAGCAGAGGAACUGCAUCUAUGGUCUACACCAUCCGCAGUACACGGAUCGCCUGGAGUGUGUGCUUGAUACGACCACAGCCGUUGGCUGUGGCCUGUCGCUGUUUGGCUUGUUGAUCAUUUGGCUGACGGCGGCCAUCUCGAAGAAGUGGCGCUCGAUGCAGUCGACCAAGCUGCUGCUCAACAUGUGCGUGGCGCUGACGCUGCUCUUCGUGCUCAUGGCGCUGCUGUAUGUCAAUGAGUGGUCCGUGCACUACUCCUUUGCCGAGGCCAGUUGGUCAUGCCGUGCAUUGGGCGCCACGUUCCAAUACGCUGUGCUGUUCCUCUUCAGCUGGAUGCUGCUCGUUGGCUGCCUGCAGUAUCGCAAGCACAUCACAGUGCUCAUCGCUCGCACGGAGAACAUUGUGCAGCACGUGGCAGUCAUAGCGUGGGUGGUGCCACUGCUGCCCACGCUGCUACUGAUCCUAAUCGAUCCCGACUCGUAUACGCCCGUCAUGUCCGGGCAAUUCGCCGUGGUUUGCUAUCCAGCCGGUGCGGGUCUGAUCUAUGGCGUGCUGCUGCCCAUUGGCCUGGUGCUGAGUGCCAAUGUCUGCAUCUUUGUCCGCAUCCUCUUUAGGGUAGCUCAGCUGCGGCAUCGCAACGGCCAACUGAUUUUCCAGCAAUUCCGACUCUUCGCACUGCUCUUUUUCCUGCUCGGCCUGACGUGGAUCUUUGGCAUUUCCGCCUACUUCAAUGCGGGAUUUGCUUUAACAUUUAUAUUCUGCCUGCUGGCGACUCUUCACGGUUUUGUACUCUUCGUUUACUUUGUGCUCUUCGAUAGCAUCGCUCGAACCGCUUGGAUGCAGCUGCUGCUGAGGCGACACACAGCGAAUGUUGAUUAUAGAUAA